AUGGCCUCGAUUGCAAGGUCGAGAAGUCGCCCCUCGCCGAGCUUCGCCUUCACUGUCAGGACAGCUCAACAACGCAGCGUCCCGGCUCCGCAACGAUGGAAGUCGACCACAUCUAGACAGCGGUUUGCACCCAUCAAAGAAUACAAGCCGCAUGCGGUCAAACCAGCGGAUCCAGGACCUUCGAAGGCUCCGGGGCAACCUGAAUCAUCGAAGCAGUUAAAGGGCGCGGGCCCAAACAAGGGUGGUGAGCGGCCUCGGCUUCCCAUCCCCUACUAUUUAGCCCUGCCAGCCACCUUCAUAGCAAUAGCUGUUGCUGUCAUCUACUUCAGAGGUUCGGACGAUGGGGUACUGUCAUCUCCGUAUGCUCCUCGCGAGGAGAUGCUGCAAGCCGCCAGUGAGAUCGCGGGCCUGAUCGGGGUGGAACAGGUGACUUACGACGAGGAUGUGAUCGAUCACCAUGGACACUCCGAAUGGAGCACAUCCAACACCCCCGUACGAGCUGUUGCCGUUGUCUACCCACGGUCGACGGAAGACGUCGUCGCCAUUGCCAAGACAUGUAGUGCUCGGCGCGUGCCCAUGGUACCGUUCGGAGCCGGAUCGUCUGUCGAGGGCAACUUCUCUCAGCCAUAUUCCGGUAUUUGCAUAGACUUCACGCACAUGGACCAGGUCAUUGCAUUCAGGCCGGACGACAUGGAUGUUACUCUCCAGCCUGGUGUCAACUGGAUGGAUCUGAACACAAAAAUCGCAGGGUCGGGCCUCUUCUUCCCCAUGGACCCAUCGCCGACGGCAACCUUCGGUGGCAUGGUGUCUACAAACUGCAGCGGCACGAACGCUAUGCGCUACGGCACGAUGAAAGACUGGGUUGUGAACUUGACAGUCGUUCUCCCGGACGGAAGCGUGGUCAAGACUAGGAGACGACCUCGCAAGACGUCCGCAGGCUACAAUCUCACCUCCCUGUUCGUCGGCGCGGAGGGCACGCUGGGGAUUGUGACCGAAAUCACACUGAAGCUCGCCCCAAUACCGGCUGACACCUCUGUUGCGGUGGUAGCCUUCCCCAGCAUCUCCGCAGCAGCGACGGCAGCGACCUCGCUGAUUCGUUCCGGCAUCCCGCUCGCCGCGCUCGAGAUCAUGGACGACGUGCAGAUGCAGAUCCUCAACAAGCAAGGCAGCGAGACCGUCCGCAAGAGGAGGUGGGACGAGAAACCGACGCUGUUUAUCAAGUACUCGGGGACGACAGACGGCAUCAAGAGCGACGUCAAGCGCUCGACAGAGAUCAUCAGGAGCGUCGCCGGCAGUGUCCCGUUCCACUUUGCCAAGACGAAACAUGAUGAGCAUGACCUCUGGUCGGCGCGAAAGGAGGCACUGUUCACAAUGGUCAGCAACCGGCCCCCGGGGACGGAGGUCUGGUCUACGGACGUGGCGGUCCCGCUGUCGCGGCUGGCUGAGAUCAUCGAGAUAUCAAAGAAGGAAUGUGGCUCGCUGGGAAUAUUUGCGAGCGUGAUCGGCCAUAUUGGAGACGGCAAUUUCCAUGUGGCGAUGAUGUAUGACCCCAAGGACGAAAAGAUGGCAAGGAGAGUCAGUCAUGUGGUCCACGAUAUGAUGAGCCGGGCCUUGGAGAUGGAGGGCACAGUAUCAGGGGAGCAUGCGAUUGGGAUUGGGAAGAAGGAGUGCCUGUUGGAUGAAUUGGGUGAUGGCACUAUUGGGCUGAUGCAGACGCUUAAGAGGUCUGUUGAUCCAAGGUGGAUAAUGAACCCAGGCAAGGUCUUUGACAUGCCCAAAGAUGAGACGAAAGGUUGA